CCGUUCAGCCUUAGGUCAGCACUUUCGCGUGAUGUCACAUCACGUGGACGGCCUCGACUGACAACAGCAACUACCAGAACCUCAAUUCUCAAAGAAGACACUAGAAUACGCAUCUACUGCGGCGGAGGCGAUCGUUACUAGAGGACGAAUAUGCGCGAUUGAGGCUCAAAGCAAUCGGGAUGGGGUUUCGCAUCACAACAUGGAAGCAAAGGAACCCAUUCUCGUAUGAGCCAUGGAGGAGUACUCGGACUUUUGAGGUAAACGCUCCCUCCGACCAUGUAGGAGCAACAACUGACGCAGAACAGUCGAUGUUCGACAUACUGGAGGCCGACAUUGUCGUCUUCCAGGAAACCAAAAUUCAGCGAAAAGAUCUCCGAGAUGACAUGGUCCUCGUGUCUGGAUGGGACUGCUACUUCAGUUUACCUAGGGUCAAAAAAGGUUGGGACUACGGAGUAAAUCUGGAACUUGACCGGCUGACCUCUUCUAGGAUACUCAGGGGUCGCGAUCUACACACGAAAUGCGACAUGUGCUCCCAUCCGUGCGGAGGAAGGGCUGACCGGAACUCUUUGCUCGCCAAACUCCUCGACGCCGUUUAGAGAUCUCCCCGAAGACCAGCAGAUCGGCGGCUACCCGACAAUAGAGCAGCUAUCUCAACUCGAGCUAGAUGCAGAAACUCUCGACUCUGAAGGGCGCUGUGUUAUCCUAGAGUUUCCUGGGUUCGUUCUUUUGGGACUUUAUUGCCCUGCCAACCGGGAUGAGACUCGGGACGCUUUCCGCCAUAAUUUUCUCGACCUUAUGGAUGCUCGCAUUCGAAACUUGGUGGCAAUGGGAAAGCGGGUCUUUGUUACCGGCGAUCUGAACAUAUCAAUGGGACAGGUCGAUGCCGCCCAUGCGAUAGAGAAUAUCCGAAAAGGAGUUAUUACAGAAGAUGACUUUGUCACUGCGCCUGCACGACGCCUAUUCAAUCACUUAUUAUCCGACGGGAAAGUUGUGGGCGAGCGAGAUGAAGGAAGAGAGCGGCCGGUCCUUUUUGACAUUUGCAGGUCGUUUCACUCAGAUCGCAAAGGUAUGUACACUUGUUGGGAGCAGAGAAUAAAUGCGCGACCCGGAAAUUAUGGUUCUAGAAUAGACUAUGUUCUUUGCAGCCUGGACAUGCAGGAUUGGUUCUGCGAGUCUAAUAUCCAAGAGGGAUUAAUGGGAUCGGACCAUUGCCCAGUCUACGCCAUGUUCAAGGACACCGUGCAUGUGAAUGGCGAAGAAGCCAGCAUCUACGAUAUCAUGAAUCCCCCAGGCAUGUUCCAGAAAGGCGAGCGCAAACAGGAAUAUACGAUGAAACUCCUGUUGCCACUAUCCGGCCGACUGAUACCCGAAUUCGACAGACGACGAAAUAUCAAGGACAUGUUCAUGUUCACUCGUAAGCCAAGUCAGACAGCACCGAAGGUUCAGCCCUCGCCACAAUCAACCACACCCCUUCCAGCCGAAGAAAUAGAGCUCAUUCCACAGAGCAUAGAGAGACCGCCAACCAGAACGAGCACCACUACCAGCACUGGUGCCCAAGAAAAUAUCCAACCAAAAGCCAACGUCCGCAAACGACCUAUUAGAGCCGAGAACUCUACAGUCAAGCGUUCGAAAUCUAUGAAUGCGCAAGCAGCAGCUACUAAACCCGGCCAAAGCACGCUGAAGGGAUUUUUCAAGCCCAAGAGCACACCAUCAAUUGAACCCAGCGACCCAAAUUCUCCAGCAGGUUUCAUCUCAUCUCCAGUAAAAAGCACCGAACGCCUGUCCCAAAGCCUCACAAAACUCAACGGGAAGCAAGGAUCCAAUAAGACUGACACUCAAGACAUUCGAGACCUCGACUCAUCGAGCACUUCGACGCCGGUAACCGUCGUGCCUCCCAACGAAGAAACAAACUUCAUCGACCCAAUCACCAAUAAGGAAGACUGGACGAAGCUAUUCACAAAGAAGCCACCGCCAAAAUGCGAAGGUCACGAGGAAGAAUGCAUCAGUUUGAAAACGAAAAAACCGGGCGUGAAUUUCGGCCGGACGUUCUGGAUCUGCCCAAGGCCGUUGGGACCGAGCGGGAAUAAAGAGAAGGGGACGGCUUGGAGAUGUCCGACUUUUAUCUGGGCUAACGAUUGGGAUCCUUCGACGAUGUAACUGGGCUGGUUCUGGUGGUUGCUCUGGGUCUGAGGCCCGGCUUUUGAUUUGAACAAUCGGGGAGGGCGUGUAAUUGAUGAGUCUUAAGUUUGUCGGAAACUCUCAGAUAAUCCUCGAGAUUUGAAUCCGGUGACCAGACGAAUUAGAGCACAUAUCCUUCUUAUGACCUACAGUACGAGAGUGUAUUUUUGGCUCGCAGUGGCCUUGGCUGUGUUAAUCUCUCUCUGUCUGGCUAGAAACCAGCAUUCCUCCAGAGCAGCGCUCUUACGAAUAUCUCUUUUACGCAGAUAUGUCUGAUUAUAAUCUCCUUCGAGUAUAUAAACAAGCCGACACUCGAUUCACCGGCGUCGUAGAUGCAGACCUCAACGCUUAAGGGAGCACUACCAGCCAGAAGUUCGAAUUCUCGCAUUUCUUUGACUCAAGGAUAUCUAAGCCAUUGAGCUCCUCUGCCUCUGAAGGUCUAGAUACUUUGCAGCGUAGUCGUUGGCAAGAACCGAAUCGCCCGUAAGAUGCAUCACAGUAGCCUUCUUGGCCAUCAUCUCGCACUGUCCUCUAAUGUCCUCAAUCUCUUCAUACUGGUCGUAAGCACAAUCAAGAUAGCCCAAAGCACGGUUCAUACACUCCUUCUUGGCCGGCGUGUUCUUACCAGCGCUCCAGAGCUUGCCAGCGAUACCCAUAUUCGCAUCGACGAGAAGAGAGUAUGCGUGUGCCGCGAGAUCACAAUCGUUUGAUUCCAGGACUUGUGGCAUAAUGCUCUCGAUCAUCUCAGAGACUGCUUCGAAUUCCUGGAGGCUCAAAAGGACAGCUCCUAGAGCGCAAAUGGCCUCCCACAAACUAGGAAGCAGUCUCGAACGAUGAGCGAUGUUUGCAGCUCUCAUUGCCAAGGAAAACCCGCGCUGAGGCUGGCCCGUCUUCUCAAAUAUGCGAGCCUUUAGACAGAGAAGUUUGACCUGAGGUUGGAUGUCGAAGUUGUCUUGGUGGAUGGAUUGCGCCGUUUCUUCGAUGAGUUCUAGAGCUCCAGUGUAAUUCGCUUGGCGGAUCAUAAAGUCGAUGGAAAGGAAAGAUAAUAGAAAGGACAAAUCGCUAUCUGGAAGUUUGAUGGAUUGUAGUUGAGAGAGCAGGUAACCAGCCGCUGUUCGGUCGUCACUGGUCACUGUUAGGGACUGAGACUUGAGCGAUGGAGAGCGG